AUGUCCUGUUUCGGCGGUUAUGAUGAGCAGAUCUACCUAAUCGAGAUAUUGAUCGAUAAAUUGACACUGACGCCCGAUAAAAUCAAAGACAUCGGCGAACAUCCUAUCGUGAUCAAGAUCAGACUUUUAGACUUUCCCGUGUUUGAGUUCACGCGAGACGACUGGGGCGCAUCAAAGCAUAAUCAAGAUGUGCGUUUUAUGGUUGGUAAAUGCUGCCUAUUUGUCAAGCAACCGCGAGAUUUGGUCCAAGGAUUACGCUCGUCGAGGCUUAAGCUCGGUGUGUUUCGCGCGAACGAGACUUAUCCCAUGGCGGAGGCCGAAAUGUCUCUGCCAGGCUGUUUCUGCGAUCAGAUCUCCAUGCUCGGUAAUGAUCCAAAAAAUCAGCCUAAACCGUUUAUAAUGAAGGGUGGCGUCAACCUCGUAGAUCCAGGCGAAGAGCCGUCUGGCACCCUGCAUAUGGAACUCACCGUCGCAUGCCUUGGACGUAUCUUCAAGACACUCUACGAGUUGCGGCCUAAAUCUUUCGUUUCCGGCGAGCAGGAUAAAGAACGGGAGAUCCGCGUGACGCGAUUUGUACCGCCCGAGUUUCUCGAAAUCUCCAAGGAUGUGAUAUUGCAGGAGGUUACUCCAGAAGUUAAAAAACCACCGAAAGCUAAAAAAGCACCGAAAGAUAAGAAAGCAAAGAAAGAUAAAAAAAAAGAAAAAUAA